CCGGUCUAUCGAACUUUAUAUUAUUUAUUUUUUGCAACUAUGUCGUCGGGUGAUCGGGGUAAUACGUUUACUUGAACUUUUAGAAUUUAUCCUGUUCUAGGAUAUCUGCGUGCUAUGUUGGGUAAUCGGGGAGGUUCGGUUGGUUCAUCGAGUAGGAUGCAGCUCCCGUCUGAUGAUAUAGACUAUUGUGCUGACGAGAGCGCGGACAUCCCGGAUCGAGAGAUUGAAGUUUGGCAGGGUGAUCACGGUAGUUACGAUGGUGGUAGUGGUUUUGGAGUUCACAGUGAAGGGCUUAUUCCAGGGGCGGUGCCAGUAAUGUCGUUCCUCAUUAACGGUAAUCCCGAAUCAUUUUUCAAGGACACACGGCAGCUACACGUCCUUCGGAAGUCCUACAGUAUUCCGAAUCAUGUCGCUCUUCAUGCUCCGGGUAAGCAAAUGCGAGCAAAUUUCCAUGCUCCAGGAUGGGUGUGUUUGUAUCAAGCACCGUUCGAACAGGGAAUGCGGCUUCCUCUACCCCGCUUGGUUAUUGAUUUUUGCCAUUAUCAUUGCCUCUCUCCCGGGCAACUUGCGCCAAACUCUUGGCGACUGUUAUUGAGUUUACAGGUAUUUAGUGAAUUACAUGGUUUCGACAUCUCCAUCGCCGACGUAAAGAGCACUUAUGAUCUUCUGAAUGUUCCAAAGGACAAAGGUCGUUACAAGUUAUGUAGGAAGACAGGUUGUGAGCCUUUGAUUACGGACAUGGAUGAUGGUGAAAGGGCUUGGAAGAGUAAAUAUUUUUUCGUUGAAUACGGUGCUUUGUGUAUUCCGGAAGGGAAGAGAGUUCCUUCUGUUUGGUCUAAUGCUAGUUGUUUGAAAACUAUCCCUGUAGUGUUGGAUUUGGUUGAACGGAACAAUCGGUUUCUUCAGUACCCUCCUCCAUAUCGGAGUUGGAGGGUUAUUCUUCACGAUUUGAACAUUAAGCAGUCGUCGAUUUGGGCUCAAGUUCCUGCUCCUCCGGAAGACGGUUGGAUGGCUGAUUUGAAGUUUCACUAUAAUCCGAAUGAGGUCGACACUGACGCCUUCGUGGCGAGACAACUGAAGAGGAAGAAGAAGAAGCAAGCAUCAAGCUCGGGUGUACCAACAGAGCCGCCUAUUGCGACUGAUGCACCGCGAUCUGACGUCCUUUCUGGUCGCUCCUCACGGAAACGGACUCCCACAUCUGAUGAUGGUUGCUUAUCCGAUGGUUCUGUUCACGUAGUUCUUCCUGUUGGUGCUUCGGCUCAUACCGAGUACAACGCGCUGUCAGGUCAGCUCGAAAAGCUCUUACUUGAAGAGGACCGGGCUGUUUUGAACAACUAUGGGGAGGAUGAAGCCUAUGACGUGUUCGCCUCUUCGGCCUUCGCGCACUAUCAGCAUGCUAUCUUUAUGAAGCAGGCUAGGCUUGAGCACAAACGGCAACUACAGGAUGUUCGUGCUGCUAAGGCUAGGAUAGAGAACGAGCUUGUGGAAGCUCAGAAGUUGGUCAAGCAAGGCCAGGCGGACCUGGAGUCCUUGGAAGCGUCUCUUCAGGCUCAAUUGGCUUCGAAAGAUGAGGAAAUCAGUCGUCUGAAGGCUGAACUGGCGGAGAUGGAGAAAAAUCGGGAGCUAGAGCUUCUCGAUGCUUGCCAUGAGGCUGUGCUCAAGUCCCGGGCUGAUAUGAGUCAGGAGGUCUUGGAUGGGUCUUACAAGACUUGGGACAAUGCUGAGAACAUUCGACAGUGGAAGGUGUAUCAAGACAAGCUUUCUGGGGUGGCCUCUUCAGGCGACGUCGACGGCGACGAGUGAUGUUGUCGUUUCCUUAACUCUGCUUUGGUUGGGCAUAUGUGCCUCUAAUAUCUUAUGUGUAAUUUAGGCAUUCGUGCCUUCAGACUUUGUUAAUUUUGCAUAGGGUGUAUGCAUCCUUGGAUUCUUACUAGUUUAAGCCUACGCCAUUGGGCUGGACUUAAAUUUUUUCUUGUAUUCACGAGAAUGAUCUUUCCGGAGUGUCCGGAUCGCCGGGGGGUUUGCCCCUUGGA